AUGGUGGCACAGGGCGGAGGUGUGGAGGACUCCUUCAGUGUCCUGGUCAUGGCGGAGUACACCAAGAACCAGCCUUGUUGGUGCAAGGUCUUCACCCCCAGGUUGGGGUCGAGCACUGACAAGCACAACGUGGCCACGCAGCUGCUGAUCAGAGGGGUCACAGGAUGGUGUAUGGGAUUCAUCUUCUACAAAGGUGGAAAGCUGGCAGCAACAGCGGUGGGAGGUGUCUUUUUCCUACUUCAGACUGCAAAUCACACAGGAUACAUCAAAGUGGACUGGAAACUGGUAGAAUGGGACAUGAACAACGUCAAGCAGCAAUUGACAUUUCACAGCAGUGGUAAUAAAAUGUCUCCAGAAGUGAAAAUCAGAGUAGAUGAAGUGAUCAUAUUUCUGAAGAAGAAUAUUAUCGUGACUGGAGGGUAUGCUGCAGGAUUCCAGCUCAGAAUGGCAUCCUAGAAACUGCAUUUGACUCUCCAUGCCCAGCCUUCCCUGCCCUAAUUGUUGUUUUCUCUCAC